AUGCCGAGCGGGUCAGUAGCUAUCUCGGAUGUUGCUGUCCUCGAAUACUGGGGCGAUUCGAGUCCGCGGAGUCUCGCGCAGCGGCUUUGUAGUGUCGCGACAACAGCGCCUGCUCCACAGCCUGAAGUCAUGAUGUUCCCAGCGCGUCUCGUUUGCAUCAUGGUCGGCCUGUGUCUGUCUGCUUCCAUCGCUACAGCUGCGGUCGUCAAGCCUAAAUUUGGUCUUCUUGCCCGAAACACACAAACGUGCGAUCCCAAAAUCUUUUUCACCAGACACUGUGUGAUGGCGAUGACGUUGCUCAACGAUGCGGUCUUCUAUCUGGGCUUCACGAUGAAGUCUGACUCGCGCGGUAUACCCAUGUAUAUCGACGUUGAUACUGAGGAAAUCGGGAUCAUCGACCCGUCGUACAACUUUCACCCCACCUGCGGCAACUUUUACAGCUACCAGAUCUCAAAGAAUAAUGUUGACGUCAACAUGCGAAUCCACUGGCAGUGUCCCGAACGCCUCGUUUAUGCCCUGGCACCGAGCUCUAUUGCCGGCGUAGGUGUGAAAAGCCACGGCAUGACUUGCGAUUCUCAACGCGAUCCUAGCCAGAAGGACGCAAUCUGGCAGGACGACAUCAAGUCGCUUGCUUGGCCGGGCUACUUCCACGACCAGCCAUCCUGUCUUGCCAAAUAG